CAGCUAACUAGCGUCCCCCUGCUCUGCUCUGCCUCCUUUCGUCACAGCCUCGCCUCGGCGGACGACCAACAAGGUCGCCGGCCAGCCAGGGCGGACGGUCGCCUGCUGCUGCUGCUGAACCCUGCACCACCUCGGCGGCGUCGUCCUCUUCGUCAGCUAGCAAAGCAUUCCCUGGCUACAUAGGGAUCAGCAGUCACGCCACCAAACAGCCUUGGGAAUCAGCUGGCGCGGCUUGAUUGAUUAGGGCGCGUGGGGACUCUCCGGAGAGAGCAGACAGACUACUCGAUCCGUCGUUCCAAGGCGUUGGGACGUACUUGGGGAGAGGGAUACCCACCCAACCGAGGCGGGCGAUAAUGUCGCUGGAGGUGGACAACCCAGCUGGAGGAGCAGGCGGCGGCGGCGAGUCGGCCAACCGGCUCAGCCUGAAGCGCCACGACUCGCUCUUCGGCGACGCGGAGAAGGUGUCCGGCGGCAAGUACCACGGGUCCGAGGGCAGCUGGGCCCGGACGCUGCACCUGGCCUUCCAGAGCGUGGGCAUCAUCUACGGCGACAUCGGGACGUCGCCGCUCUACGUCUACUCCAGCACCUUCCCCGACGGCAUCAAGUACAACGACGACCUGCUGGGCGUGCUGUCGCUCAUCAUCUACACCCUCAUCAUCAUCCCCAUGCUCAAGUACGUCUUCGUCGUGCUCUACGCCAACGACAACGGAGACGGCGGCACGUUCGCGCUCUACUCGCUCAUCUCGCGGUACGCCAAGAUCAGGCUGAUCCCCAACCAGCAGGCGGAGGACGCCAUGGUGUCCAACUACAGCAUCGAAGCGCCGACCUCGCAGCUGAAGAGGGCGCAGUGGUUCAAGCAGAAGCUCGAGUCCAGCAGGGCAGCCAAGAUCCUGCUCUUCACCCUCACGAUCCUCGGCACGUCCAUGGUCAUGGGCGACGGCACCCUUACGCCGUCAAUAUCUGUGCUGUCUGCGGUGAGCGGGAUCAAGGAGAAGGCGCCAAACCUGACUCAGACGCAAGUGGUCUGGAUCUCCGUGGCGAUUCUCUUCCUGCUCUUCUCCGUCCAGCGCUUCGGCACCGACAAGGUUGGCUACACCUUCGCCCCGGUCAUCUCGGUGUGGUUCGUCCUCAUCGCCGGCAUCGGGCUCUACAACCUCGUCGUCCACGACGUCGGCGUGCUGCGGGCCUUCAACCCGUGGUACAUCGUGCAGUACUUCAAACGGAACGGGAAGGAAGGGUGGGUUUCGCUUGGCGGUGUCAUCUUGUGUGUCACAGGCACGGAAGGCAUGUUUGCUGACCUAGGACACUUCAACAUCCGGGCCGUUCAGAUCAGCUUCAACGGCAUCUUGUUCCCAUCGGUGGUACUGUGUUACAUCGGCCAAGCGGCGUACCUGCGGAAAUUCCCGGAGAACGUCGGAGACACCUUCUACAAAUCCAUCCCAGCACCUCUGUUCUGGCCAACCUUCAUCAUCGCAAUCCUUGCUGCCAUCAUCGCAAGCCAGGCGAUGCUCUCUGGCGCGUUCGCCAUCCUCUCCAAGGCCUUGUCGCUGGGCUGUCUCCCCAGGGUGCAAGUGAUCCACACCUCCAAGAAGUACGAAGGGCAGGUGUACAUCCCGGAGGUGAACUUCAUGAUGGGGCUGGCCAGCAUCAUCGUCACCAUUGCCUUCAGGACCACCACCAGCAUUGGCAACGCAUACGGGAUCUGCGUGGUGACCACGUUCUCCAUCACCACCCACCUGAUGACCGUGGUGAUGCUCGUCAUAUGGAAGAAGCACAUCGUCUACGUCCUCCUCUUCUACGUGGUGUUCGGCCUCACGGAGAUGAUCUACCUCUCGUCCAUCCUGUCCAAGUUCAUCCAGGGCGGCUACCUCCCCUUCUGCUUCGCGCUGGUCCUCAUGACGCUGAUGGCGACGUGGCACUACGUCCACGUGAAGCGGUACUGGUACGAGCUGGACCACAUCGUGCCCACCAACCAGAUGACGGCGCUGCUGGAGAAGAACGACGUGCGGCGGAUCCCCGGGGUGGGGCUCCUGUACACGGAGCUGGUCCAGGGCAUCCCGCCCGUGUUCCCCCGACUCAUCAAGAAGAUCCCGUCCGUGCACUCCAUCUUCCUCUUCAUGUCCAUCAAGCACCUGCCCAUCCCGCACGUGCUGCCCGCGGAGAGGUUCCUGUUCCGGCAGGUCGGGCCCAGAGAGCAGCGCAUCUUCCGCUGCGUCGCGCGCUACGGCUACAGCGACGCGCUGGAGGAGCCCAAGGACUUCGCGUCCUUCCUGGCCGACAGGCUCAAGAUGUUCAUCCAGGAGGAGGUCGCGUUCGCGCAGAACGACGCGGAGAACGACGACGAGGCGGCGACGGACCACCAGGCGCCGCCGAGGCCGCCCAGGCGGUCCACGGGCUCUGUCGUGCACAGCGAGGAGGCGAUCCAGUCGAGGGGGAGCACGCACUCGGGCCGGAUCACCUUCCACGCCAGCCAGACGGCGGAGGAGGAGAAGCAGCUCAUCGACCGGGAGGUGGAGCGAGGGGUGGUGUACCUGAUGGGGGAGGCCAACGUGUCGGCGGGGCCCAACUCGUCCGUCCUCAAGAAGAUAGUGGUCAACUACAUCUACACGUUCCUGAGGAAGAACCUGACCGAGGGCCACAAGGCGCUGGCCAUUCCCAAAGACCAGCUGCUCAAGGUUGGCAUCACGUAUGAAAUAUAGGCCAAGCUUUUUCUUGGAGUGCAAAGCGCAAAGUGCCGCUGUUGGGGUUUAAUAAGUGGGCUUCGUUUUCUAUUUUGUCCGCCAAACAGGGAAAAAAAGAGAGAGAGAGUGGGCUUCUUUGGUUUGGGCUGGAAGGUUCCUUUUUAUUCUCUGUACAGUGUGGUUUUAUCAGGAGUGCAAGCGAAAUUGGAAAAAGCACAGAGGUUUCCUUCUGUUCUCUGUACGUUUUUACCAGGACUUG